CACCAUUUGGAGGUUAUGUUGAUGUAAAAAAUAAUUUCGUCCUAUUUUCUCCCAAAUAACAAAAAAUACCAACAUGUCGUUGUUAAGAACAUUUGUAUCGCGAUACGUUUUGCCGAACUCAUACCGAACAACAACGAGAUUUUCAUCUACAGACGCAAAGUUAUCUUCAUGUGAUGACGAACCAGUAACAAUGCCAAACCCUUACAAAAAGGAACGACGCCAAUGUAUCCUGUGCAAGCUUAAGAUCAAACCAGAUUACAAGAACUACAGAUUAUUGUCUCAAUUCCAGAGUCCAUACACUGGCCGCAUUUACGGAAGGCAUAUAACUGGAUUAUGCAAAUCAAAACAGGAACAAGUUGAAAAUGAGAUCAAAAAGGCUCAAAACUGUGCCUUUAUGCCUUACUAUUAUAAGGACAAGACCUUCUUAAAAGACCCUAAGCUGUUUGACCCUGAGAAUCCCAUUAGAUCCCAUAGAUUUUAAUGUAUAGUUGUAGUGCCUG